GCUACAAGCGCUAUGUUGGUUCUCUGGGUGCUGGGUUGGCACAGGGUUUCUGCUACUAGCGCUAUGUGGGUACACUCUGGGUGCUUGUUUGGCACAGGGUUUCUGCUACUAGCACUGGAUGUAUUCCUGCUGCUUAACUGACCUUAUUGUUUUAUUGUCCUUGUAGAUGCCAGAAGAAAUCCAACAUGGCGAGGAGGAGGUGGAGACAUUCGCAUUUCAGGCUGAGAUUGCACAGCUCAUGUCACUGAUUAUUAACACCUUCUAUUCCAACAAGGAAAUAUUCUUGCGAGAGCUGAUCUCAAAUGCCUCCGAUGUAAGUGUCUGCCCCUGGCAUUACCCUUCCUACCACUUCUUCCAUUGCUUGAUGUGUAGAUUCUGUCUGUACCUUACAGCAAUUAGGAGACUGCCAGCCUGCCAUGGUUUUAUAGAGAGCUCUUUACGCUGGAGCUGACACCCACCACAAUCCGUAUUUUAUUUACUAUCCAAUGCAAAAUGGUGCUUUGCAGACUCUCCAGUGACCAGUACAUAUGACUGCUGUCAGCCAAUUGUUGCUAUUUAGGUAAACUGGAUGAGCACAGGUUUCUCCCCAUAGAGAAUCCUAUUGGCGCAGCGCAGUAGGUCCUGAAUUGUUCCCCUGUGAAGGAGCCUUGUUCAAAUGACCUAAAACUAAAGCGAAGUGGCGGCCACAGAUAAACCAGGGGGUCUCGGGAUGAGAGGAGAGUACAGCUUUAUUAUUUAAAGAAUAUUAAAGGCAAUAGGGAAACUUUAAAGGGACGCUAGUCACCAGAACUACAGCAUAUUGAAUUUGUUCUGGUGAGUAGAAUCAUUACCUUCAGGCUUUUUGCUGUAAAUGCUGUCUUUUCAGAGAAAAUGCAGUGUUUACAUUACAGCCUAGUAAUAACUUCACUGGCCACUCCUCAGAUGGCUGCUAGAGAUCCUUCCUGGGUCAUGGCUGCCUAAAAUGCAUCCAAACAUUCAGUUUCUCCUCCCUCUGCAUGCAGACACUGAACUUUCCUCAUAGAUUCAUUGAUUGAGAUGCUAAUUUACAAGGGCUGUUUGAAUCAUGUCAGUCUCAGCCAAUCCUAUGGGGAAGCACUGUGAUUGGAUCGGGCCACCACUUCUGAUGUCAGCAGACAGUUUUUUUUUUUUUUUUCCCUGAGGCAAACCACAUGCAGAUCAACAGCUUCAGGCUUGAAUACAGUAAGAUUUUGCUAUAUUUAUAGAGGUAUGAGGGGCCCAGGGGGGCUAGAUGGUGGUUUUAACACUAGAGUCAGGAAUACGUGUUUGUGUUCCUGACCCUAUAGUGAUCUUUUAAUGUUUAAAAUUCAUGCUUGUGGGUGUAACGAGUUAUCCUUUCAAUGACGUUUGUGAACUUAAAGGACCACUCUAGGCACCCAGACCACUUCAGCUUAAUGAAGUGGUCUGGAUGCCAGGUCCAGCUAGGGUUAACCCAUUUUUUCAUAAACAUAGAAACUGCUGUUUAUGAAUGGGUUAAGCCUUCCCCUAUUUCCUCUAGUGGCUGUCUCAUUGACAGCCACUAGAGGUGCUUCUCACUGUGAAAAUCAGUGAGAGCACGCAAGUGUCCAUAGGAAAGCAUUAUGAAUGCUUUCCUGUGUGACCGGCUGAAUGCGCGCGCAGCUCUUGCCGCGCAUGCGCAUUCAGCCGACUCGGAGGAGGAGAGCUCCCUGCCCAGCACUGGGGAAAAAAGGUAAGUUUUACCCCUUUCCCCCUUCCAGAGGCGGGCGGGAGGGGGACCAGGAAAACGAGUGAUAACCAUGGGAAAUUAAAGGACCACUAUAGUGCCAGGAAAACAGUCAGCCUUAAGCGUGGCUGGGCUAAAGGUAGACUCCGUCAUGUCGAAUCACAGCUCCCAUGAUUUGCCAGCCUUUAGAAUAGCUGCAGUUCCACAACUGCGAAUCCUUUGGCCUACAUGCUUGGUUGAGCAUUGCUAGCACGGUGCAUGUGGAGGACUGAGGCUGACAUGAGUACCUUGCCGCUGUUGUAUAAUCUAGACCCUUGUUGACACGAGGGGGGGGAGGGUUUUCUUAGGUUUUUUUUCUUCAACUCCAAUUUCUGAAGUGAUGGCAAUUAAUCUGCCAAAGCACUGCCUUACCGGAUGGCUCUCAUUAUCUGUAACAUUUGAAUUGUUGGAAUUUAAACAUGAUUUUAAAAUAGACUGACACGGCCGAACUGAAACCAUAGUUGACUUAGAGAAUUUUCCUAGUUUUGCAUACGCCCGAAACUUUAAAUUCUCAACAAUUGACAUGUUCGUGAGUAAGCCUGUUAAUGUUUUGAGGCAUGGUGAGUUGCUGGGUCUAACUAGUGGCUUUCUUUCAGGCUCUGGAUAAAAUCCGCUACGAGAGUCUCACUGAUCCAUCCAAGCUGGACACUGGUAAAGAUCUGAAAAUAGAUAUCAUCCCCAACCGGCAGGAACGAACUCUGACUCUUAUUGACACCGGGAUUGGCAUGACAAAGGCUGACUUGAUCAACAACCUGGGAACAAUUGCCAAAUCCGGAACCAAAGCUUUCAUGGAGGCCCUGCAGGUAAGCAAUCCAUCCCUGGGAAUCCAAAUCAAUAAAUCCGUUAUAAACUGGGUCCAUAUACCUAGCGAGGGGAAACUCCCAAAGAAUUGGCAGAAGACAUCCGCUCCAGAUAAUGGUCCGUUCAUGGGCAUAAACUGUUAAUUAAUGGAGAAAAGGCACGUUUGUUUUUAAUUGCGGUUUGUUUGGAUAAUUUCAUGGUGGUGAACAUACGUCUUACCAGAUUUAUGACUGAUACGGAUACAACUUCAUGUCAGUUUUUCUCUAAAUGGCUCUUGUGGUUGAGGUCUCUUUAUAUCCUGGUCUGAUAGUUAACCUAAAGCUACUGCUUAUGGCAUUCUCCUUGGCCCCUGAUCCGUUGGGUAAAGCCUGUCUAGUGGCUGUGCCCAUUGGCUCUUGAUCCAUUGGGUAACGCCAGUCUAGUGCCUGUUGGUCCGCUAGUAUUAACUCCAGUUUAUACACCUAGAGCUGGCUGUAGAGCUUGACUGUCCAUAGUGACUCUAUUUUUCUCCCAGGCUGGAGCAGAUAUAUCCAUGAUCGGGCAGUUUGGUGUUGGCUUCUACUCUGCCUACCUGGUGGCCGAGAAGGUUUCAGUGAUCACCAAACACUAUGAUGAUGAGCAGUAUGCUUGGGAAUCCUCGGCUGGUGGCUCUUUCACAGUAAAAGUAGACCAUGGUAAGUGCUCCUGGCAGAAAAUAUAGUGCAAUGUAAAUUAGUGUGCGAUCCUGGAAGUCAUUUCGUUUUCCAGGGAUUUUUACAUAAGCUGACCUUGAUGGACGCAAGCUAUAAGCCCACUGAUUAGAAAUUACUUCCCUGUAUACUGUCUUUGCAAGUAUUCAUCCAGUUGCUGUUUAAAUAUCUGCAUGGACUCUGAAUAAACCACCUCUUUAGGCAGAAAAUUCCACAUCCUUAUUAUUUUUACUGUAAAAAAAACCUUUCCUUGGUCUUAGAUUAAAUCUCUUUUCUUCCAGUCUAAAUUAUCUCAUGUAAUAUGUAUAGUCCUGUUUAUGAAUAAUUUCCAGACAAUGGUUUGUAUAGGUCCCGAAUAUUUAUAUAAUGUUAUCAUCCCCUGUCAGGUGCAGUUUUUCUAAAUUAAACAUAUUUAAAUUUAACCAACCUUCAUAACUCUUUUCCAUUACCAUUAUUUUUGUAGCCCAAUGCUGAUAUGUUCUCCUUCUCCCUCUCCAGGUGAACCCAUCGGACGCGGCACCAAGGUCAUCCUACAUUUGAAGGAGGACCAGAUUGAGUAUCUGGAGGAGAAACGAGUGAAGGAAGUGGUUAAGAAACACUCUCAGUUCAUCGGAUACCCAAUCACCCUCUAUGUGAGUCUUUAGUGAAAGCAGGGAGGAACCUUUAGUUGCAGAAUUGUAUGAACUGGGUUCUAAUGCAGCAUAGUCUAAGGCCGAACCAGUGUGAACAAGCUGCUUUGAACUACCCAUUAUGCCUUUUUAAAAGGGGUUUAAACCCUGUUUCAGGUGUAGCUUAAAUAAAAACACACAGGGUUUAUUUAGUGAUCCUGUUUGACUUACUGGAUAUUAAACUGACUUUGUUCACCCUCAGCUUGAGAAGGAGCGAGAGAAGGAGAUCAGCGAUGAUGAGGCCGAGGAGGAGAAGGAGGAAGAGAAGAAAGAUGAGGACGGAGAGGACAAACCCAAGAUAGAGGAUGUGGGAUCAGAUGAAGAAGAGGAGGGAAAAGACAAAAAGAAGAAAACAAAGAAAAUCAAAGAAAAAUACAUUGACCAGGAGGAGCUGAACAAGACCAAACCCAUCUGGACACGUAACCCUGACGAUAUCAGCCAGGAGGAGUAUGGAGAGUUCUACAAGAGCUUGACAAAUGACUGGGAGGACCACUUGGCUGUUAAGGUAAGAUUUGUUCUGUUUGAGUAGAGGAGAGGGGUUGACCAUGGAUUGAAGGCCUAAUUUGUUAUGCUCUGUCUACAGCACUUCUCCGUAGAAGGCCAGCUGGAGUUCCGGGCUCUGCUAUUCAUUCCCCGACGGGCUCCGUUUGACCUGUUUGAGAACAAGAAGAAGAAAAAUAACAUUAAGCUAUAUGUGCGCAGAGUGUUUAUCAUGGACAGCUGUGAUGAGCUGAUCCCGGAAUACCUGAGUAAGUGGUUAAAAGGGACACUGGGCACUAUACAAGUUCUUAUUUGAUAGGUUUUGACCUUAUUAAGCCAUUAAAGAUGGAGGCAUUAAGUUCCUUCUGGCUGUCACUGCAGUUACCAUAUCUCUCGCUCCCAUAAUUUGCAGUGUAGUUGUUUGUGGUCGUUUUUUUUUCUUUCUUUCCUUCCCGUGCAUUCAAAAGCUGUUGCAAUUUUAUUGAAAAUGUCGCUCUCUCCGGCAGACUUUAUUCGCGGCGUGGUGGAUUCUGAGGACUUGCCAUUGAACAUUUCCAGAGAGAUGCUGCAACAGAGUAAGAUCUUGAAGGUAAUCCGCAAGAACAUUGUGAAGAAAUGCAUGGAGCUCUUCACAGAGUUGGCCGAAGACAAGGAGAACUACAAGAAGUUCUAUGAAGCAUUUUCCAAGAACCUAAAGGUGAGUGGCAUGCUGGGUAACUGUACGUGGGAUCCAGGUACAAAACGCUGGAGUAGGCUGGAUCUCUAUACUGUAAUCACAUUCUCACAACCUGCCAUCUUCCCCUCCCACAGUACACAUCCCAUGGGAACACAAACUAAGGUAGUGACUGGACUGCCAUUGUUAUUACUGGCAUUUAUAAAGCGCCAACAUAUUCCGCAGCGCUGUACAACAGGAAAAGGGCCCUGCCUGUGAGCCUUACUCCAGUUACCCAACUAGACUGAAGCACAACCUGGCUUGUACCAGCUCUAGGAUUUGUGAGGGGGGUACAUGCAUGUCCUACACCAGAGUCCAAUAAUUAUCUUGAUGCCUUGGGGAGAUGCUAUAUCCAGAGUCAGUGUGGGCUGGAAUGGGUGGAUUGAGGGUCCAGUGGCGAAUGCAGGGCUGUUAAUAGAACUUUAUAUUGAUUUCCUUUUUGGGUUCUGUCAUUUUGAGUGUUAAUGUUUCACAUUACCCCCACAGCUUGGCAUCCACGAGGACUCCACAAAUCGGAAGAAGCUGUCUGAACUCCUGCGGUACCACACUUCCCAGACAGGAGAUGAGAUGGCAUCUCUGACCGAAUAUGUGUCCCGCAUGAAGGAAAACCAGAAGAGCAUCUAUUACAUCACUGGUGAGUGUCCUUCUAACUCCCCUGAUAACUUUGAUGGUUCUGCCUGGAAGUGAGGGCAGGGGUUUGCUAUGUUGCAGAGAAACUCCCGACUGUCAUAGAUAAUCAGUAAUGUAGCUCUAGGAUGAUUCUGGAAUUAAUUCCUUGGUUUCUGAUACCUAUGGAUUACAAGGAAUCAUUCUAAAAUCACUCCCUUAAGUUGUAGAAAGGGGAGUUCUCUACCCCUCCUGCCAGUGCUUUGUCCUUAUUUACUUCUCUCCCACGGCACUCGGCUAGCAAACACUGCAACGUAGCCAGAGUGCUCCUUUGUGUCUAACUGAAAUGCUGGUCUGUAGGUGAGAGCAAGGAGCAGGUGGCAAACUCUGCCUUUGUGGAACGUGUGAGGAAGCGUGGCUUUGAAGUGGUCUACAUGACAGAGCCCAUCGAUGAGUACUGUGUCCAGCAACUCAAGGAGUUUGAUGGCAAAACCCUGGUGUCUGUCACAAAGGAAGGUCUAGAGCUGCCAGAAGAUGAGGAUGAGAAGAAGCAGAUGGAGGAGAACAAGUCAAAAUUUGAGAGUCUAUGCAAGCUAAUGAAGGAGAUCUUGGACAAGAAGGUUGAGAAGGUAAGGGAACCUUUUAGUAUUGUAAUGUGUUCUGCAUGGCCCUAUUUUACAGCACUUAUGGACAUAUUGACAUAGGUUAAUAUUUAAUCGUAAACUCUGAAUGCUGCAAAAUGAAAUCUAAAUUGUAAAACACUGAAAUGUCACUUUAAGGGACGCUGUAGGCACCCGGACUACUUCAAUGUAAACUUCAUUCCAUAGAAACUCGAGGUUUCCAUUGCAGCUCUGUGGCUGAUUCUACAGAUUCCCGUAAAUGGCUGAAGGUCUUUAACUUUUUCUGCCCCGCGGAAGGUGGUGGCUAUUAACCCUAUAGUGAUGGGAAAACUGCUUUAUUUUCCUGGCAUUAUAGGAUCCCAUUUAGUGAAAAACACUCAAAUUUCUAAAUUGGAGAAACUAAGUCAGUUAUGCUUUCAGUUCUGGCCUCGCAUAAAGAGCCCUGUGAGGCUGAGAUAGCAGAGCUGUGACUAAAGUUUGCGGCUUUUAUUGCCUGAAAUGUGGAGAUGGAGAACCCACCUCUGCAGGGACCUGCCUGGCCGUGUCUUAUGGCAGGAUUCAUACUAUCCCACACCCAUGGCAAAACACAAGUUCCUUUUUAACUGUAGUUCCCUAAGGGGGCUUCUCAGAUGUCCCCCUUCAAAAGGGUCCAUACAGUGUGGGGAAAAACGAUACAGCUGUGAAUCUACAGGAAAACACUAUAGUGUAAUAGUUAAUGCAGUCACAGGAUGGAAUGGCUUUGAAGCACUUCUAAAUAUCUCCCCCAAACUCGCCUCCAAGCUAAGGUCCUCCCCUCCCAAACUCGCUGCUUCCUCCGAGCUAGGGACAUGUUGGUCAAUACUUCAGGUGAGUACACACUUAUUCCAUACUAUGUAUCAAAGUAAUACUGCACUUACGGAGAUCCUGGGACUGGCUACCGUAAUAGCUGAACAAAACCUGUGGUCCAGGCACUCAAUGGUUAAUUAUGCAGCAGAUUGAUUUGCAAAAAGUGCAAUGUUUCAAUCAAGCUUGAGAAAGAUCUCUUGGGAGAUCGAAGCAUUGCACUUCUUCCAAAUACAAUUGUUGCAUAAUUGACCCUUGAGUGCCUGGACCACAGGUUUUAUUCAACUAUUCCAUAUUAUGGACUUCCUCAGGACAUAAUUAUAUGUGAAAAUUAAACAAAUUCCUGCAAAUAUUUUGCCUAGUUACCUCUUUUCGUAGAGUUGAUCCUUUCAUCAUCCCUUCAGUGGAUGUAAUCUUGAAUUCCUCCCUUAUUGGUGGGCUUCUAUCCAAUCAGGUCCUGAACUCGCAGCAUGCCUCCUCAGUCUGAAGUAAUGUCCUGUGACACUUUGUGGACCUAGUGAUUUUAUUUUUUUCUUAUCCUUCACCAUGCACAUGUACUACUAAUUGCAUUGUUAUGUAUCAUUUUAUAACCUGACAUCAGCUGCCAUAGAAUUUCCUUUUUACAAAAAAUACACAAUAUACACCAACAUAAGCCCUUGGGUUCCAAUGUGUUUAGUUUGUGAAUCCAGUGGGUUCCAUUUGUGCCAGUCUUUUAUCCUGGUCUCACCCCUCUCCAAUGGUCCAUGACAUUAUCAAUACCUAUAAAACUGAACAAUGACCGAUUGUCUUUCUGUAGGUUCACAGCUGUAUCUCCAUUGUUUACAUUGUAUAUUGGUGAUUGUAUAGUCUAUCGAAGGAUAACGUAUGGCUUUUUGUAUGUUGCAGGUUACUGUAUCCAACCGUCUGGUGUCCUCUCCAUGCUGCAUUGUGACCAGCACGUACGGCUGGACUGCCAACAUGGAGCGUAUCAUGAAGGCACAGGCUCUGCGUGACAACUCCACCAUGGGAUACAUGAUGGCUAAGAAACACUUGGAGAUAAACCCAGAACACCCAAUUGUGGAGACAUUGAGGCAGAAAGCAGAAUCUGACAAGAAUGACAAGGCAGUGAAGGAUCUGGUGGUUCUUCUCUUUGAAACUGCUCUGUUGUCAUCUGGCUUCUCUCUUGACGAUCCUCAGACACACUCCAACCGUAUCUACAGAAUGAUCAAACUUGGUUUGGGUGAGUUUACCAGCUCUGGUCUGCAUUGUGUAUUGGUCAUGGCAGGAUUUUAGAACUAAAACUGUCUGUGUAUACAUUUAAUCGUAGUAAAUUAGCCUGAAGUCAUCUUUAACACAUCUCCUGCCUGUUCCUGGUUUGGUAUUCUUGCUGUUUUAGUAUAGCCCAAGCCGUUCUUUGAAUUCUGUUAGGUGUUAGUCAUCGCAGCAGUCCUUCUAAUUCCAACACCCAUCUGUCAUUCCAGGUAUCGAUGAGGAUGAAGCCGCAGUGGAAGAAAGUUCGCCAUCCGUCCCCGAUGACAUCCCACCUCUGGAAGGUGAAGAGGACGCAUCUCGCAUGGAGGAAGUGGAUUAAUCUGCCCCUCGUUUCACAUAGCACUAGCUAGCUCCCCACCCUAUGUGUCACCAGUGGAGGUGUUUGGACAGGAAUUCCUCCCUGUGGAUAUAGACUGUAAUGGCAUUUAUUACCAGGGAUCUGCUCUCCUUCCCAAAGUCCCCUGGGAAGAAGUCUAAGCUUCAAAACAAAUUGCUGCUGACUCCACCAUUUUGUUUUUCUUCCCCCCUCACUGUUCUCUUGGCUGUGUUCUAGUCUGUGGCUUUAUUAGGGUGAUGUUAGAUGUUCCUUUCAGGCUCUCUAGCACAAGGGAAACUCAAAGCUGUAUAAUUUACCAUCUUCUAGAUUGUGUCUGGGCCGACUGACACUUCUAUGUACCUAUCCCCCUAUCUGAGGCCUCCCAGCCUAGGCUGUACAUCCAAGAGAUGGGGGGCUAAGGCUCUCCUGCCCGUUGUAAAAGACCCAGAAAUCUCCCUGCGGAGAGUGGUAUUGUGUUUGUCUGCAGAACUGUUUGUUUUGGUUCUUGUUGUAAAACUUGAUGUUAUGCAAGAUAAAGUUCUGGUUUUACACUGAAAUGUGGCUUGGUGUGAUGGACAUGACUUAUUGUGGGACAUCUUUAUUUGUAAGUACUGCCCAUAAAGGGAGAACCAUGGCUCAGUGAACAGAUUGUAGGUUUUACAAUAAAUGCGAACGCCUCUAUUUAAAAACAGACCUAAUUUGAGACUUCAAGUUUCUGAUUUAUUUUUAUUUUUUUUCCCCAUGUGAGCUGUGGUUAAUAAAGGCGAAGCAGUGUUGAUGGUGGGUAAAUGUGGAGCACCAUUCCAGUACUGCCAAGACAAUUGCCAGUUUCCAUUGCCAAGCUUUUCUGGCUGUAGUGCUGGGGUGACAUUGCUAUUAAUCAGCCGUAGUAUGGAUUGGUGUGCCUGAAGGGAGUUGUAGCUGCUAUGCAAACAAGAUCACUAGCCCAGCAUCCUGUUGCUGAAGCGAGGGGAACAUGUUUGCUAAAGAAACAUGAUUCUAGAAGCGUAUGGACAUAAUCUGGUUAUUGUGUCCUCUGCAUCUAUAUCAUUACAAGCUGUGGCCAGGAUUUUUCUUGCAUCCUGUGCAGGUCUCGCUUUUAUUUUAAGUGGGUUUUUGGCUUACUGAGUCUUGUGGUUAUUGGCAAAAGGCUUUCUCCACUUUAAAUGAUUUAACCCCUUCACUCCUAAACAUUUGAAAAGAAUAAUGUGCCAGUCUGUAGAACAGGUCCCUCUAUACAGCCCGAACAUUUCCUAUGGCGAUCUCUUCACGUGUCAACACAUUCAGACAUUCCACAGGGUUGUCUCUGUGAAGGAAUAGUGGGGAAGAUAACUGGUUAAAACAAGUUGUAUUUUUCGAUGUGAAGUGCUACACAGUGAGAUUGGCUUUUAUUUCCCCAGGAAUAGCCACCUGUUUUUACCCUGACAAAUCCUUAACAUUGCCUACUCCAUUUCAUCAAACAUGUUCUCAGAACCAAUAAAGGUUAUAUUCUUUUUGAAUCAGGCACAAACUACAACCAUGAUUAAUCUUUAGAUCUGGCCACAGUGGCAGUAAGUGGAUAUUUGUAAGGAGUGUAUGCAGUUCCAGAGCUGCCAGCACAAAGUAAUGAAAGACGUGUUGAACGACUAGUCACUGCUUAUUCUCCCAUAAACGAACACCUGUUAAUUAUCGAUCAAUGUAACUGGCUUGGUUAUGUAGAUUUAUAUAAUGGGGAGAGCACUGCUGCUUGUGCUACACUGUAACAUAAGUCUUGUAGGCACCUGUACAGGUCGGUGUUGUGAUAUUAUACAGGAAUGAAAGCCACUGCUUAUCUUUCAAUGUAGGAGCAUCAUGUGACUAAGAGCCCCCUUACAUAGAUCUUUAGUAAACUGAUUACAACUUACUGCCGUUUUUGGCAGCUCACCAUCUGAAGUGUCUGCAUCCAUUUCUAGCUGCCAUCGUGGUGACACUUUUUUUUUUUUUUUUUUUUCAAACCCUAAAUGCAUUUUUUUUUUUUAACUAUUUUGUGGAGCAUGUCUUCAUCCAGGAGUUAGGGACUAUUCCCCCAGCUGGAGCUCUGCUCUAAAGUGGACACUGGCAUAGGUAAGUGCUCAUACUGCCCUCACAGGGCCAACGUUAUUUCAAAGGCUCUAUGCUAGAAACGUGCAGAUUUCUUAUAUCCCCAGGCAUGACAGCACGUUCUAGCAUAUUGUAGUGUUUAUGGUGCAAGGAGACUUGGCACUUUCUGUUUUCCAUCCAAACUGUUUUGCUCCUUGAAAUAUUUUUUUCCCAGAUGUACCCUGGAGCACGUAGGGUUAAUUAUUUAUUUAAUAAAAGUACUCCAUUUCCUGAAACCUGAGUGGUUUGUUUUAUUAUCACAUGGUGUGGAUGACCGCUGGAAGUAAUGAGGCUGUGGCUCUGUGUAGGUCACUCAGUGUAGAUACUAUGCUGGUGUGUUUGAAGAUAGCUAAAAUCUGUUGGUUUUUCAAUUGUUAUAGCUCAAUGUAUAGAUUACACUUUACUCUGUAAAGGGGUCCUAAGAUGUUGCACGACGGGCACAUUUUAAAGGGAAACCUAGUGGAGCAGUAGUACUACUACGGUAAGGGCACUAAAAUGAAUAUUAAUGUUUUAACGCUACAUGUUUAAUAAAAAGAGAAUGGAACCCAUUUCUCCCAAGUGUCCCCAUUUAGGAUGACCAUCCCUAACUUGGGCGCAGAUCGUUCUCUCCCUCUUUUCUAGGAGCUCCAUGUUGGCGUUUCUGAGUAUAUAACAGUGCUCCACUGUAAUAAUACUCCCAGUAAUGUCAUUAAAUUACAAUAGAUGUGUUUAGAAUUAGUCUGACUACAUAAAACACGUUCUUGUUAGAAAUUUAAGAUGACUUACUAUUCUAGUACUAAAAUGUAACUUCUGAGAACAGCUCUGCCCCUGGUCUCACAUUUUUCAUUAAAGUGACACAUUGUCCUUUUACGAGGAGAAUUUAACCAGGAGACCAAUCAGAAAUGCAGUCUUAUAGUGACUCUUAUACAGCUUCUAAAAGAACCGUCCCUGAAUUAAUCCUGUUUAUACUAUAUGGGAACGGAUAUACUGCGCGUUAUUGUCGCCAUUGGUAUGUAUUAGCUUAUAACAAUGGAUCAUAUCGGACAUCUAUGGUAGGCUUUAAGAAUUGGAGUAUACUGUCCACCCUGAGGGUGAUAACAGUUAAGUAGCAACUGGGGACACUUAAGGGUACAGUGCAUCACCCCCUUUAUCUGUUGGGCUUUAUGUAAAUUAUCCAUCUUGCACUGUUAAUCUAUAGAUAACGGUUAGUGACAGGACACCAUCCAGGAUCUGACUGCCCACUGCAGGCAAUGGCUGAUAUCAGAAUCAUGGUGUGACCUGAUCAGUCUGUGUAACAUCUCGUCGUGGGCGAUGAAACCUGCGAUAUAAUCCCUUUCACACUGCAUUAUAAGAGGGCGAGCAUGUGGACCUGUACGAGUGUUUAGCCUGCAGCUAUUCACGCCUGAAGCUGCACUCAGCGGAUUGCUCCAUAGACUGACAGUCUGACAGAAAUUACACCGGGUAUAAAUCUUGAUUUUUAGAUUUGGAAAAUGUGAAGGGGUGACUGAAAUGUUUUAGCCUUGCUCUAUGUGGUGCAAGAUUGUCAUACCUGACACUGCACCCACAAUUCUUCCCCAUUGGAUGUGAAUUCCUGUGUUUUUUUUUGUUUUGUUUUUUUUUGUUUUUUUUCAUGUCUUGCUCAAUGUGUUCCUUCAGAACCCUGUAAUAGCUCUGCAAUUAUAAGGAAAAAUCUAAUUUCUAUCCUAGCUUUUAUUUGCUAAUUUAUUUUUGUUCAUGUUAAUGGCAAAGGUUGCAGAAUAUGAACGAAAUAGAUCGCAGAAGAUAGGAUAACUAAAUACAGUACGUGUGCAUAAACAGCAGUUUUUUUUUUAUAAAAAGUGUAAAAUGACAGUAAUAGUGCAGAUUUAGGUAUUCGCUGUAUUAGGAAUGAGAGGUCAUAUGUAUAUGAGUGGAUAGUUAAUUGUAGGGGCUAACAGAGUAAGUUAUGACAAUCAGGAUAGGGUUAACACAUUGAGGUGUCUGACUUCAAUUGAGAAGGUACAACAUUUUUUUUUUUUUUUUUUUAAAUUAAACCAGCUUAUGAAUAUAGUACCAAAUAGCACUGGGUUACCAUACGCUCUCAAAGGCAACAUAACCAAUCUGGCAAAUUUCAAUAAAAAAAAGGAAAAUCAAGCCUUAUAUUUGACCCUGUAACUUUCAAAAACACAGACACCUGUACAUGAGGGGGUAAUGUUAUACCUGGGAGACUUCGCUGUAUACAAAUAUUAGUGUUUCAAAACAGUAAAACGUAUCAACGAUAUCAUCCGCGAAAGUACUGUUUGUGUAUGAAAAAUGCAAAAAAAACUUCACUUUUAUUGACCAUCACCACUGUCAUAUGUUUUACUUGCCAGACUUCAAUGCACACAAAUAUUAGUGUUUCAAAACAGUACAUCCUGUGUCUUGGAAAGUUACAAGGUUAAAUACAGUGCUAGCAAUCUCAGGACCUUUGGCCUUGGUCGUCAGGCAGGUCCCGCAAAUUGCAAUCAGUAAAAUUACUUAUGUAAAAAUGACACGAAUAUGCAUGUAACAUAGAAAUAUAUGUAUACAUAUCUAUAUGUUUGAAG